UGGGCAUCGACCGCCUUCGCGACCGGUCAACCUCAGGUCUACCUGCGCCUCGUGUGACGAUUGGGAGAGUGUCAUAGUGAUGUUAUAUCAUGUGAAGAACUGUAAAAUACUAUAGUGUUUAUUGAGCAUGAAGAUGCUGAAAUAAUGUGAACUGACUUGCAUUUCGUGUUGUGAGAGUUUUGACUGACUUAUCUUAAAACGAAAAAACGUCUGUUCUGAAAAAAAAUAGACGCAUGAUUCACGAAUGGAGGUAUUGACAAUACCAUAGAACGGAAGGACUGUUAUUAAAAACAUAAUAUAGAGACGCAUGGUGUUGGAUACGGAAGGAGGUGCACUUAAACCACCAGCUUCUAAGGAACCUUGAGAGCUGGUGUUCUACUUCCUGCGAAUAUUAUGCGCAGCGACAGCCGCGCGUGAAUCGAAACAGAGCACAAAAUGGAAGGAAGGAGAGUCUGGCUGUGCUCGGCGGCGGCCUCCAUCAUCUUCUUGAUCCUUGCCUUGAGAAUCCGAGGCUCGUCCUCGCUUAGCCUUUCGUCGCCAUCCCGAGAAGGUGUUUGCCAUCAUGGAGGUCUUACUUUUCCGAAUGGAAGUUCCUGGCGUCCGGGGCCGUGUCAGAGAUGCGAGUGCAAGGGCUGGGUGAGCCUGUGCCAAGAAGAGAAGUGCUUCGAUCCUUUCUGCCCUUCGACGCACACUCUACAUCGCCAUCCGGUAGAGUGCUGCCCUUACUGCAAACCGCCACUUCUUCCCUGUCUCGCUGGACAGGAUGUUUAUCAGGACGGAGAGGUGUGGUCUUCCGGGGGCUGUGAAGAAUGUCGUUGCGUCAACGGAACGGUAUCUUGCGGCCACGUACAUUGCGACGACCCCAAGUGCUCGGAGGGUCAGGUCGCUCUUCGUCAGGAAGGGCAGUGUUGCCCCGAGUGUGUUUCCCUAGGAAGACCGUGUAAAGUAGGCAGCGAAGUUCACAUAGACGGGAGCUUCUGGUCUCCAGCGCCCUGUUCCCAUUGUCGGUGCAGCGAUGGCAGGGUCCAGUGUUACGUCCCUGACUGCCCCUUACUCGCGUGUCCCUUGAACUUCUCGCUGCAACUUCGCGAAGGAUCUUGUUGUCCUACUUGUCAGGGAAAGACUUGUCAUCGAAAUGGCACAGUGUAUAUGUCAUCUGAACAGUGGCGAGAAGACGAAUGCUCGACUUGCGUAUGCGUUGACGGAAACAUCCGAUGUUCCCAAAUGGAGUGCCCAGCCCUCCACUGUUCAUUCGACGAAAGAUUAUACCUGGAGGAAGGAUCUUGUUGCCCCUCUUGUGUAAAGAAGCAAGGAUGGUGUCUUUUAGAAAAUGACAUCCGUAUGCCAUCUGGCUCGUUGUGGAAUUCAACCGACUGUGAACUUUGUGUUUGUAGAGAAGGCGAAGUCAUUUGUGAUCAGAUUGUGUGUGAUCGAGCAGACUGUGGGUCCAAUGAAGUGCUCACAACUCCCGCAGGAGCUUGCUGUUCGAAAUGCAUUCUUGACAACACCACGUGUUUUUAUGAGGGAGAAUUUAAGAAGAACGGCGAAGUCUGGACAGCUGAGGACUGUCAGGUUUGCUCGUGUUCUUCAGGCAAAGUUACUUGUUACAUUCCCAACUGUGCACCUUGUCCACUGGGAAUGGCUCCUGUACACCAGAAUUCCAAGGACUGUUGUCCUGAGUGUCAGCCAGCUGGCUGCCCAUUGUCGUGCCUCUCCUGCGAUACAGAUAACAGCAUUGCAACCUGUGAUACGUGCAAGGAAGGUUACUACUUAAGGAAUGGAAGGUGUGUCGACACUUGUGAGGAGGGCUGGUUUAUUGAAAGUGGGGAAUGCAGCCCUUGCCACCCAACUUGUGCUUCUUGUUCUCAAGCCACACAGUUCCACUGUACUAAGUGCCACCCAGAAGUAUUUCUUCGCGAAGGGGAAUGUGUUGAGGACUGUGGGAAAGGAUUCUUUGCUAAAGAAUCUCUGUGCUUGCCAUGCCAUGAGUCCUGUAGUGAAUGUUCAGGGCCAAAGCCAGAUCAAUGCCAAGUUUGCCCAGACAAAGCUUUCCUUCUGUCUGGGACUUGUGUUGAUGCUUGUCCAGUAGGAUUUUAUGCAAGGGGUAGAUCUUGUGAGAUGUGUGAGGAAAAUUGCCAGGAGUGUGGUGUUGGCGAGUGUUUACGAUGUGCUGAUGAUCUUUGGCUUUUGGAUGGUCAUUGUGUAGAAGACUGUUCUCCUGGAACAUAUCGUGGGCCGGACAAUAUUUGCAUGAGGUGCCAUCAUACUUGUACCACAUGUCACAGUGCUGGUGUGGCUUCUUGUACAUCUUGUCCUCAUUAUCUCCUCAAGAAUGAUUCAUCUUGUGUAAGCAUUUGCCCUAGAAAUACCUUUAUGAAAGAAGGGGCCUGCCAUCCAUGUCACAAUUCGUGCACUGAAUGUAUUGGACCAGAAGCUGACAAGUGUGUGGCUUGUGCUACCCUAGACCAGGUUGUUGUUAUGAGGAACAGUGGAACUGCUGGGAGGUGUCAAGAUACUUGCCCUCCUAACUAUCAGUUACUGGACAAUAUCUGUAUGAGUGCUCCAGAGGGUUGCACUUCAUGGCAUAUAUCACAUCCAACUUCAUGCCAGGUGUGUGAAGAUGGCUGGUUAUUGCAGGAUCAGGAAUGUGUCCAAGAAUGCAAGGAGGGGUACUUUAUGCAUCAGGAUGGGAUAGUGUGCUUACCUUGUGAUCCAAGAUGUUUGAGUUGCUCAGGACCAGAACACACUGAUUGUCUCUCAUGCAACAAGGGUGCCACACUUCAUAAGAGAGGAGCAAAAUCAGAGUGUCUUACAAAAUGUUACCAUAGCAACUACUUAUCAUCUGAUAACACUUGUCAAGCUUGCCACAAGACAUGUAAUGCUUGUGCCAUGGAUCACAGAACUUCUAACACCAUUUGUAUGAAGUGCAAAGCAGAAAAAAAAAUUCCAGAAGGUGAUCAGUGUGUUCUCGAAUGUAGUCAUGGUUUCUACUUCAAUGAAUAUUUAAGCAGAUGUAUGCUUUGUCAUCCCAGCUGUGAAUCGUGCAGUGGACCUCAUCUCGAUAAUUGUCUGACAUGUAGUGAAGGGUACCACUUGAACUCCAUGGGGUUGUGUGUGGUAGAUGAAUGCCCUAAAGGAUUUUACUUAGGGACGAAUAGCUCUUGCAGUGAGUGCGAAGGUGACUGUGAUAUCUGUUCUCCUGAUGGUACUACUUGUAUCACCUGCCCAUCGAACCUCCAUUUGUUGUAUGGAAAGUGUGUCAGCAGAUGUCCUCAGAUGUUCUACAGUGAUGCCUCCAAAGGUGGAGAAUGUCAUGAAUGUCACUGGGCCUGCAAGCAUUGCCUUGGACCCAAAGAGACUGAUUGCUUGUCAUGUGCAGACAAUGCAUUUCAAGAAGGCAAUAGUUGUGUCACACUGUGCUCUCCAGGACAUCACCCUGUUGGUGGUGAGUGUAGGAAAUGUCCUCCAGGUUGCAGUGCUUGUAAUUCAAACAUGCAGUGCUUGGAGUGUCAUUCCCCUUACCUUCUACAAGAUGAUCAUUGUGUCACUUCUUGUCAGCUUGGGACAUUUGCGAAUGUUUUUGAGAAUGUUUGCUUUGAUUGUGGUGAAAAGUGCCUUAGCUGUUCUGUAUAUGAGUGUCAGAAGUGUAAGUCUCCAUAUUUGCUUCAGGAUGGUCAGUGUAUUGAUGAGUGCAGCCCAAAUUAUCACCCAGACAGUGAAGGAAUUUGCCUGUACAAUACUGAAAAACCACUGUUGCAUGUCUUGAAGCCCCUAACUGUUGACUAUGGCAAGAUCUUGGUCCUCAACAGUUCUAACAUCAAUGUUGAAGAUAAGGAUACUCCAAGCAACCACCUGUCCAUAAUUUUUGUAAAGAAGCCAUCAAAUGGAAACCUGUAUAUUAUUAAAGAAGGGAAUAAUAUUUUAGUUUCUGAGAAAGAAGCCAUUUCAGUGGAACACCUCAUGAAAAAUCGACUCUUUUUCAGGCAUGAAGAGGACAAACCAUUGCAUGGAAAAAUAACGUUCACUGUUUUUGAUGGCCUGUUUCAUUCAGAAAAAAUGGAGCUCUCCAUUAAUGUCAAGUCCCUGCAUGACCCACAAGUUAUAUUAAAUGAACCCCUAAUUGUGUACAAGGGAAAAAGUAAAGCUAUAGAUACAAAGGUACUAAAUAUCCAUGACCAAGAUAACCCAGAAGAGGUUCAGGUAAUGAUAUUAGGGGGACCAAAACAUGGACAGCUUUCUUUUCUUAAUGAAAAUCUAGUGACUUUCAAACUAAGGGACUUGGCUGCAGGGCAGAUUUUAUAUAUGCAUGACAAUUCAGAUUCAGAGGAAGACACUGUUUUAUUUCAGCUGAGUGAUGGAUAUUCUGUCACAAAUUUCUUGUUCAGUAUAUAUAUCGUAGAAGAAGAGAAGAGUAAGCCUGUUUUGGUGAAAAAUCUUGGGACCCAUGUUUCACCUGGCCAAAGUGUACAACUGACACCACACAUGCUGAGAGCUUCAGACAUAGACUCUGAUGAUGAGAAUCUUUUAUUUACACUUCUUCCAAUGUUACAGAAUCCAGGACACGGCAAACUGAGUUUGGUUAUUCCAUUACCCCCAGCACCAGAUGGGUUUUAUAAUGAUGGCUGGACACAGAUGGAUGAAUCUCACCUUGUAAGACCAGCUACUAGUUUCACCCAGAGGGAACUAAAUGAAGGGCUUGUGUGGUAUUUACAUUCUGGUGGAAAGGAAACCAAGGCUGAUGAACUCAUCUUCUCUGUCACCGACAAUUCACAUCCUCCAAAUAUUUUGGGCAAUCAGUCAUUUAUUAUUCAAAUAGAUUCGUUAGUAGAUGACACAAUGCUUCCAACCCCAGGGACUCAACUUGAAAUAACAGUGCAGGAUGGACAAGCUGCUCUAAUCACUCAAGCUCACUUAUCAUUUGUUGGAGUUAAAUCCCCAGAACAUUUAGUAUACACCAUAACCCAUCCUUUGAGCCCAAAUGAUGGGUCACUAUUUCACAUAGAUUCCCCUGGACUGGAAUUGAGACAGUUCACACAAGCAGAUAUUGAUGACAUGAAGAUCAUAUAUAUGCCUCCUUUGGGAGAUAUGAUAAUGCAAGAAAAACAAUAUAGUUUCAAGUUUUCAGUUUCAGAUCAGUCUACAGGCAAAGGCUAUGGGUUGCCUGAACAAAAGUUUACUAUCCAUGUUGUUCCACAGCUUGGAAGUCAUUUCAGUUUCACCAGUGAAAAUCCUGAGUUAGUGAUCAGGAGUCAUGAAGCAGUACGCUUAGAACCUGAAUUCUUUGCGAUUACCAACUCUGAACCUGAUGAUGAAAUCGAGUUCAUUCUUCUUGAAGGCCCAUUCCAUGGUACUAUCAUUAAGGAAAGUGAUGGCGAGGAAUUUACAUUUACUGAAGAGGAUAGCUUGAUUCAAGAGGAACUACAGAGGUCUCUUAUGAAGUAUGUUCAUGAUGGAUCUGAUUCUACAUAUGAUUACAUUGUGUUUGUGGCAUUGGGGCUGAGAUCCGAAGCAUCAACCAGGAUAUCCAUUAUCAUUCGCCAUGAGGAUCAGCAGCAACCCAUAAGAGGCAGUAAUGCUUCUUUCUCCCUAUCACUUUCAGAGUAUGAAUCAAAGGUGAUAACAAGUUGGCAUCUUCACUUUACGGAUGUUCAUUCAAGUGAUGAUGAAUUAGUAUAUACUCUUACAACACAGUCCGAGUAUGGCAACCUUGUCAUCACUGAGCCCUCAGGAUUUACAAGAAUCAUAAAUGGAACAGAUAAAUUUACCCAGUCAGAUAUAGUUUAUGGCCUCGUUAACUAUUCUUCAAUAGUAGAAAUUGGACCUGAAGAUGUAACAGAAAAUUUGAUCUUCAAUGUCACUGAUUCCAGCAAUAAUGUACUGAGCAACCAGGUAUUGAAAGUAUUAAUACAAAGUGUAGAUAAUGAAGCCCCUGAAGUUGGAAUAUCAGGACAUUUACUAGUUGAUGAAGGAGGAAGUACAGUCAUUCCACCUGUCUUCACCAUUGCAGAUGUGGAUACUCCUGUGUCCAGACUUAACUUCAUUAUAGACGCUCCUCCCAUAUUUGGAUAUAUUACAAAUGCUUUGUCAGAACCUCAGAGUAGAGCAGGAACAACUACGUCAGUCUUCAACUUUCCAUUAUUUGAUGUACUUGGAGGAAAAAUAAAAUAUGUUCAGUCACAGCAUCGCCAUCAGGAACCUGUAGAGGAUUCAUUUCUUUUCCAUAUAACAGAUGGCAUCAAUGAAUCACCCCUUGAGAGACUGAACAUAUCAAUACAGCCCAAGAAUGAUGAAUCACCCGUGAUUCUUGGUGAGCAAGUUGUUCUGGAGCAAGGCAAGACAGUUGUUAUCACCAAUCAGUCUCUCUUCAUAUCAGAUUCAGAUACUGACAAUGAACAGCUCAUUAUAAAGGUUGUCCAACCUCCUGUGCAUGGUUCCAUUCAUCGGAAGGCAUCCCCAGAUGUGUCAAUCAAAAAAAGUGAACUUCUUGGUAGAGACCGAAGCUUUACUUUUCAGGAUAUCAUAGAUGACCUAAUACUUUACUCUCAUGAUGGAUCAAGGGAGCCAGAAGAUGUUAUGGAAAUAAUGGUGAAUGAUGGCAACCAUGAGACUGGAGGAUUAGUGGAAUUUAUCAUUCUGCAAAAGAUGGAUGAAACACCAAGGCUUCGGCUCAAUGAAGGCAUCACCCUUAAAUCUGGAGAGGUUAUGCUUAUAUCUUCAUCACUCCUGCUUGCAGAGGAUAUGGAUUCAGAGGCAGAUAUGAUAAAGUAUGUAGUGACAGGUUUACCAAUAUCUGGCGAGCUUGAGAUUUUCCACCCACAUCGAGGCAAAUGGGUUCCUUUGACAGUUGGGUCAGUGUUCAUGCAAAAGGACAUCUUAGAUAAUAAUGUCAGGUUUGUGCAUCAAAAAGACAUUCCAAGUGGCAAAGAUACCCUUCGUUUUAACCUACAAGAUACAGAGGGAAACGUUAUGAUGGACCAAGCAUUGUCCAUUACUGUAUUAGAAGACAAAAUACCGCCAACAAUAACUAUCAAUACAGGGCUUACCCUGAAGGAAGAUGCAUCAGCAGCCAUUACUGCAGAAAUGCUUUCAUCUAUGGAUGCAGAAAUGGAUCCAAUGGAGCUUGAAUACAUGUUGGUGAGUGGACCUGAUCAUGGUCAUCUUGAACUUACAACUGGACCUGGAAAAUCUAUUACAACAUGGACUCAAGGAGCACUUGAACUUGGAAUUUUGAGGUAUCAGCAUCAAACCAUGGAUGAAAGUACCUCAGAUCAAUUUACAUUUACCAUAACUGAUGGGUACAACAAUGUGACAGAUUCAUUUUUCAUCAAUAUUAUCCCAGUUGAUGAUGAGCUUCCAUUCCUCGUACUGAAUAGCAUUAAAGCUCAAGAAGGAGCAAGGAAGAUAUUAUCACAGUUUGAGCUAGAGGCUUUAGAUGUAGAUACCAAAGACAGGCAAAUUGUGUUUACUGUGGUACGCCAACCGCGGCAUGGAAAAUUGGAGCUCAAAACAAGUGAUGGUUACACAGAAGCGGAAGUGUUUUCGAUGCUUGACAUUUACAAUGGGGAUGUUUCAUAUCUUCAUGAUGGUUCAGACACUGCUAAAGACUCCUUCAAGAUAACAUUGAGUGAUUCAACAAACAAGAUGUACCGACAGGGCAUGGGGGAGGAACCUACUAAUAAGCCAACAUCUAUACACAUUGAAAUUUCUUCUGUAGAUGAUGGAACCCCAAUACUAACUGCAAACAGGGGACUGAAUUACUUACAGCAGGAGGAUGGUAAAGCUUUUAGUUUCAUAACAACUCAUGAACUACAUACUGAGGAUGAGGACACACCACCUGAGAAUCUACGCUAUUCCAUUACCCAUCCACCAAGCCAUGGCGUUGUAAGGCUAACAACUAAUCAGAGACCUGUUUCAUCUUUCACACAAGCUGAUGUCAUUGGAGGCCGUGUACAAUAUGAGCUGACUACGUAUUCUCAAAAUGUAAGCAGUGAUCACUUCACUUUUGAUGUGUCUGAUAGCAAACCUAAUAUAGUUACUGGCAACAUCUUUCAUGUCCAGUGGGCAUGGUUUGCAAUGGAAUCAAGAGAAUUAGACAUAAAUGAAUCCAGUGGCAUGGCAAAAAUAAAAAUCAAGAGAAUGGGAAAUUUGAAGCAACCUUCAUCUGUCACUUGUGUUUCCAGAGGAGGCUCUGCUGAGGGAUCCUUACCAGGAAGAGAAAACAAAGAUUUCUUAGUCCUUUCUGAACCUGUUAGCUUUGAGGAAGGAGAGAGUGAGAAAUUCUGCAUCAUACCUAUUUAUGAUGAUGAGGAUUAUGAAGGCCCUGAAGUUUUCACUGUAAAGUUGGCUGACCCAAAUUAUUCUCUGCUUGGUAAACCAAAGAAAACUGUUAUAAGAAUUUCAGAUGAUGAUGAUAAACCACAAGUAUUAUUUGAAGCUAAAGAAUUUGAAGUUGAUGAGAGUGAUGGUAUUAUAUAUGCUAGGCUUAGACGCACUGGUGAUGUAAACCAGGCUGUGUCUGUUAUGUGUAUAACUGAAGAUGGUUCAGCUGUAGGAUCCUAUGCAAGUCAGGAGUCAGAUAUAAUUGAUGACUUUGCACACAGACCUAGUGAUAAAUCAUCUCUAGUUGUUUUUCCACCUGGAGUAGGGAUCUCAACAUGUAGUGUAAAAAUUAAUGAUGACAAUAAAUUUGAAAGCGUUGAGAAUUUUCAUCUCCUUCUGAAAGAGCCAUCGGAAGGAGUAGAACUGGGAGAGAUACACAGAGCAUCUGUUAUUAUCAAAGGUCCUAAUGAUCAAAGUACAAUUGGAUUUAGCAUGUCUGCUUACAAUGUAUCUGAAACUGAGGCUACACUGAAGAUCACUCUAGAGCGCUCAGGAGUAGAUUUAAGUUAUCCUUCUGUAGUUUGGUGUGCAACAAAGCCAUUUAACCCUGAAGAAGCGCAGCCAUCACUUGAUUAUAUUCCCUCCUCUGAGCAGGUACAUUUUCCAGAGCAUGAACGUAUAGGUUUAUGCACCAUUAACCUUGUUGAUGAUAAAUUAAAUCCUCGAUUGGAAGGACCAGAAAGAUUUAAAGCUUUCAUAAGUACACCACAGAAUGCUACUCUCAGUGAUUCAAGUGCUGAAACAGUUGUAACCAUAUUGGAUGAUGAAGAUAUGCCUUCUGUGCACUUUAUGGUACCAGAAAUAAAGGUUAGGGAGAACCAGACAACUGUGAAAAUACCAGUACAACGUACUGGUGAUCUGAGCAGAGUUUCCUCUGUGUAUUGCUUCACCCGUCAGCGGUCUGCAAAAGCUGGCAUUGAUUUUAUGGAAAGACCAAAUACCAAAGAAUCAACUAUAACUUUUCCAAAAGGUGUUUCAAAAGUUGAGUGUGAAGUAGGCAUUCUUGAUGAUCUAAUGUAUGAAAAGGAAGAGGAAUUCAUAGUUAAGCUCUCACAUCCUGAUUCCCCAUCAGAACUGCGGCCAUAUAUUAGUGAAAAUAAAGUAGUAAGAGUGAUCAUUUUGGACUGGGAAGACAGACCAAGAAUAUCAUUAGAAGAAAGUGCAUACACUGUUGCAGAACCACACCUUGGUGACCAUAGUUCCUCUUUGAAAAUUCCCAUCAUUAGACUAGGUGACAUUUCUAAGAUAUCAAGAGUAGUGGUUUCUACACAAGAUGGUUCAGCUGAAUCAGGGUCUGAUUAUUAUCCACUUCACACAACUGUGGAAUUUGCUUCAGGAACAUCGAUGGCUGAGGUUGAUUUGACCAUUCUUCAUAAUUCAAACCGACAGUGGCACAAGACUUUCACGUUAACACUUGGGCCAGAGGAACCUUUUAAUGCUGAAUUUGGGGCCAUUGUCACAGCCUCAAUAACUGUUCUUGACCAUGAAUCAUCUGGAACAUCUGUCCUUCCAGCCCCUCCAAUUGUGGUAUCAUUGUUGCAUUAUGAUAAUGUUGACGAACAUGUGGGAGAACCUGCUAGCCCAGGAUAUCCUCUUGUCUGUGUUACACCUUGUGAUGUAAGAUACCCAAAUAGUGAUGCUACACUUGCAAUGUGUGCAGAGGCUGGCCUGAAUUCAUCAUCUAUGCAGUAUUCUUGGGAAGUUGCCAUACCAGCAGAAGGGGACUCUGUAUUAACACCAUUUAAUUCACUUACUGAUAAUACUAUAUUUGCUAGUCCUCAUAAAAAAAUUCUAGAUUCCAUGUUUUUUGCUAGACAUUUCAGAGUAAGGUGCAUAGCGCAGCCUGUCCGAAGUAAUGGUAUUCAUGGGAUUCCCCUUCGCAGUAAGCCAGUUCUGAUUAACAGUGAAAAUGGCAUUUGUCAAACACCACUUGUACCUGGGCAGCCAGGUGGUUUUCAAAGCCAGUCUUUUAUAGCAUCACUUUCGUAUGUCAACUCCUCAGAUGAAACUCAUCCAAACACUGUCAAAAUUUACAUUGAAAUACCUCAUCAGGAUGGUAUGGUACCAUUGGUUUCAACUCUCCCCAUCCAUAAUUUGAGGUAUCUCUUAACAGAAAAACUUUACCGUGUUCACCAUAUGUGCUCCAGUUUAGAUGAGGCUGCAGGGUUCCUUGAUGAACCUUCACAGGCUUAUCCACCACACCCAAGACCUCAUCAGUGGGAUGAAAACCUCAGAGAAAGUAAAACCCUGAAAUUAUAUCGCCACUUGGACCUAAAAUCUUGCUUAUGGACCUUUUCUGCUUGGUUUACAAUGUCCCAAUUAGUAGACCAGUGUGGUGGGCAAGUAAUUUCUGAUUUUCAGGUUGGGUCUGGUGGGCAGAGCUUUUUGACAGUACGAGUUCCUCUUUAUGUGUCGUAUGUGUAUGCAACCUCACCCCCUGGCUGGGCAUCCUUAGAUCAUCGCACAGAGCUCUCGGUAUCUCUGUACUAUAAUACUUUGUUGUGGCAUCAAGGAUUACAUACUGAACCAAUACUGACAGCAAAAAUUCAGGUGACUCGAAUCACUAUCGAUGAAUCUGGUCGUCUUGUCAUUGAUCUGAAGACUCAUGCUAAAUUUAGAGGUCAGUUUGUGCUUCGGCACUCGGGGCUGGAAGGCCAACAUUCAAGUCUGAGGGCCCCAGAAGAUAUGGAUAUUAAAUUCAACCUUGAACUUCUGUGGACUGCUUCUACUUGGGAUGGUCCAGAACAGGUUUGGAGAGCUACAAGCGAGUACAAUUUGAAGGAUUAUACAGGGGAAUACGUACUAGAACUUAUCCCGUGUACUGUAUCUCCAACUCAAGCUUAUGAGAAAAUGGAUGAGCCUGCCUGCACUCCUCAUCCACCAAAAGCAUUUGCACUGCCUGUUGCUAUCCAGCAGUCACAAAGGCCUGUUCCUCUGAUUUAUACUCUAAACACAGAUUUCCAGUUGCUGAAUAGUCCUAAUCUUUUUCUUAAGGAUCCAAGGAAGGUUGACAAUCUACAGUUUGCCAACCUCAGUUUUCAGGAAGUUGAUUACAAGGGUAGCUAUGGACCAGGAGAGACAAUAUAUGGAAGAGUGUUGUGGCAUCCUAGCCAAGAUCUUCAUUCAGCUUACCAACUUUACAUUCAACGAGUAUUCCUUUGUACUGGUGUUGAAGGAUAUGUUCCAACUUAUGACCCAACUGGUGAACUAUAUAAAGAAGGUCCUCAGUAUGGUUGCAUACAGCCAUCAAGUAGGUUACGCCACCGAUUUCUUAUCUUGGACCGUGAACAGCCAUACAUUACUGAAAGUAACUUGAGCAGUUCUCAUGUUGAAGCUUACUUUGCAGAAGAUUUGCCAGAAUUCCAGCUUAUUCGUCAGUUCUCUGGGGUGGACGGUUUCCUUUUGAAAACAGAUGCUUUAUACAAAGUGAACUCAGGACAUCAGUGGUACCUGCAGGUUCUUUAUACAAUAGGCCCCAGCAAUUCACGAAACAAAAGGGAUGUUCCACUGCACAGUGUGCUGUCUUACAAUGCUGCCAUUCAGGAAGUAAGAAGACAGAAACGACAUAAGAAAUCACAUAUUCAAACAAAUCUACAGCAUCCGAGAAAUUAUCAAGAAAGCUUAGAAUCACUUCCAACGCCAGAAUUCCUCAAAUCACUUCACACUCGUAAUGGUACAAAUAUGCGCAGUUUUAUACUAAAUUUUGCCAGUAUUGCAGGCUCAGACAACUCAGUGUUUUUGAGUGUUUUAUAUGUGGUAAUGACAUUAGUAAUAUUGCUAAUUAUCAUCAUAAUAGCUAUAUUAUUAGUCAGAAGACACUACAGAAAAUCUGGAAAAGAGAAGGUCAUAGUAGUGCGAAGUCUGAAAAAUGAACGAGAGGAGGUUAGAAGAAAAGGAAUUGGGAGAAGUAAAGAAAGGCCAAAGACAUUGCCUAGUAAUAUGACACUGAACAGUGAGAGCAAUUUGAAAACUGUUAAAGUCAAAACUUUAGCUAUUACAGUUCGAAAUAAUUUGGAGGAUGAAGGAACUGAAGUGUAAGAGUCUACAAUCCUGGAAAUGGCUCAAAAAAUGGGAGAAAAAAAGUUCAUUGCAUAUCUCAUUAAACCAGCCUGUAAGGGCUAUCAGUUUAGUGCAGUGCAGUGCAAACCUUAUGAGACUAAUUACAUAUAUUGCAUUUCAUUCUCAUGGAUUUUAUUCUGUGCUUUAUGAAAAUGAAAUGGCAAGACUAUGGAACUGUGUUAAUUACUUUAUCAGAAGAGUUCACCAUACUUGAUUAAAUGAUAAUGAAAGUAAUUGUGUAAAAAUUUUGAAAAAAAUUAUGAUGAACAACUUUCCAAGAAAAACUAGUCUAAGAAAAUAUGAUGUACAGAACUAAUAAUUUAAUGUGUGAAUACUGACAAUUAACUGUGCCUUCUUUUGAUAGUUAAUCAGAAGCUCUCCUCCUAAAAGUUCCUCUAUUAGUAAGUAACCUUCCUAAGAGCAGGUUCUCUUUUGCCUUUUUUUUCUAAAGAUCUCUUUAUCACAACUGACAUCACUGUAUUUUAAUGAAUGUCUCAACUAGAGUUUGUUGGGGUUCUUUCUAAAAGUUGAAGAUAUAUUUUUUAAAUAUUCUUGUACUUGUUAAUAUUGAUUGUAUGUUUACUACAUGAUGCAGUGUCAUGUUGACUAAAGAUAUGUUUUUUCUUUAUAUUAAUUUUACUGUGCAUUUGAAAUGACAUGGAAUCAAGCAAGACUGUAUUAGCAGUCAAGUGUAAAUUUGACAUUUUUUCCCUUAAAUUUCAGUGAUAAAGUACUUUGCUUACAAGCUAAAUUUUUUCUUGGCUUAUAAAUUCCUGUACUGCACUAAUUCAAAUAUAAGAAAUGCCUAAAAUGUGCUCUACUGUAAUGUGAAUUUAAUGCUGUAUGUAUGUGUGUAUGAAUAAUGACUAACUUACGACAAAAGAACAUGUAUUGUUGAUUGUAUGGGUGUCCUUUCAUUAAUCAUUUUCCAUGUUCAUUUUUCAUUGUACCACACUGAAUUCAUCUCAGGUGUUCAAGACACUGCCAUUCUGAAACUGCCGAUACUUUUAAGGUUCUAUUUAUUUAAUAAAGCCAUUGAAAUAA